AUGGAGAUAUCGAAUCUUCCCAUCUCCCCUUCACACAGGGGGAAGUUGCUCUCGGCUGGCUACAGUACCCUCGCGUCCCUCUCCUCCAUCUCCCCGAAGCAACUCGCCGAAGGUACCUCGACUUCUUACUCGCAAGUUUUUAGUAUGAAUCUGGCGUUGCUUGCUGUUCGAUUGGACUCGGGAUGUCAGUGUAUGAGGUCAUGUUUGUAUAUUCAGUUUUACUUUCACUUCUGAUCGUGAAAGACGCGAGGUACGAAGAUGGAUAUUAUCGGCACGUUGAUCCCCCUCUUCUCCGGAUUAAGAGGUUUCAAAAUUUCGUUCAUGAUAUCUCUUUUGUUAUAACCUACACUCAGCUGAAGUUCUGGCGAAACUUCUGCCAACUUCGUAUUCGUCGGACAGGCAUCUUUCCAAAAGUGUAUCUUUCCCCCCUCCAGGAUCGUUUUCAACGUUAUAAACUUUGAUUAUUCAUCUCUUUGUUCCUGUCAGUCGUUCAUUUACAACUGUGUGACUCCAUGAAUUUCUUUGGCCUCCGUCAUUCUUUGCUGUUCAUUUCAUAAAGGGAUAAGUAAUAUUACUGAGUGAAAAAGAUAGUCUCAGUUACUGAGUGGUAGUUUGCUGGAGUCCACAUUCAGUCUCUGUUUUUUCUUCAUACAAGGUGGAUGUUACUUCGGUAGUCCUUUGAGACCAAGGAUGAAUCGAUGAGAAGAGGUGAACCUUUAUCCAAUCAUGACUUUCAUUAACUUCUUAAGGUAGUAGGUCCAAUCAAGUUGCUUAGAUUUUUUCUUCGCUCAAAAACAAAAAAAGGUUUCUCAUGUUUUCAAACAUCAAGGGACUGUUGUCCAAUCUUUGAGACUCUCAUAAGGUAGUGUUUUCGGAGCAAAAAUGCUCCUUUCUUUUCCUUCUUUCAGCUGCAGAAAAACGGUGGGGCAAGGAAGCAUAAUUUGGAUUAAAGUUUUUUUCAGCAACAAGAUCACAUCAUUUAUCGUAUACACGUUUUACAUCUUGUUACAUGGGAAUAUGGAUCAAUGAUCACAUCAUUGUAGUGAGAAGUAUAUAAAGUACCUGAGAUAACUGCUUCUGUGCUCUUGUAUUUUCUUCAUGCCUGCGGCAAUACUAAUAGAAGGUAGUAGUACGUUUGGAUCUCAGCUGUGAUACUGAAGCAUCUGCGGCAUGUGUCUUGUGUCUCAUCUUUUUCCUUAGAGUUGAAUAUUCCACUUCAAGAGGCUAAUGACAUCCUGAAGGCGACAUCAGAAUUGAGUAGAUUCGAAAGAUGGGAUGAGGGUAUGUUUUUUCAACAGACCUGGUGCUUUUUUUCCUCUAGAUUGGUUCAAUAUUUCUCUUUAUCUCACGUAAAAAUGAAAUAUCAAUAACAUCAAUACUAAAAGGUCAAUCAAUCAGGAAAGGAACACCAUUGGUAUAACAUUGUGGUAAUGAUAGAUUGAAAGUAAGAUACAUGUUACACGCUCUCUCCUGCAGGUCCUUCUACUGGAGCAAGUCUCUUAUCUCACACUGCAGCUAGAACUGCUUGGGAUAUGCUAACAGAUGAACAGACGACGAGACAUAUUACUACUUUCAGUGGGGAACUCGACGCAAUCCUCGGAGGGGGGAUACACUGUAACGAGAUUACUGAAGUUGGUGAGCGGUUUCUUUUUAACUCUCUCAUCUUAGCCAUUCUAUCUAGUAAAUAAUUAAUAACAAUGAUUCCAAUGACAAACAUGUCACUAGAGAGACUAUAACUUGGUUAAAUGCCUAAUUUUAUAAUUUUAUUACUGUAGCAUUUUUAAAUAUUUUACAGCUUUGUUCUGUUCGUGAUGUUUAGCUCUAAGUAUAUGUUCGAUCCACUUCAUGGCCUGAAAGUGGUUAGGUUAUCUAGACAACAUAAUAAAAAUGCUAUUCCUUGUAGCAACCACACGACAGAUCGUUCAGUCUUAUAUCUCUGUACGCUUCUUUAUUUCUACGGAUGCUUUGAAUAAUUGAGGUUUAUAAUGAAUUUAAUAUUUCUUACCGCUUAAAUUUUAUUUUCAAUUGCUUUCUGUAUGGUCGAAUUGGUAUCCCAUGGAUAUAAUAUCUACAUACGAGUCAUUCCACAAAAAAGGUUAUAUGGUUAUAGAACGAUGACAUUCUGCUUUUUGAAUAUGGGUGAAGGCACUGUAAAUGUCCUGACAUAAUGUUAUUUUACGUCCAUGAUGAGCCAUGGUGACUCCCCUGAAUUAAACCAAAAAUUAAAAAAUCUAUGAGGAUUCUCACUAGACAUGUUAUUAUUGUUUGAUUAAUAUUUUCCAGGUGGAGCACCGGGCAUUGGUAAAACACAGUUGGGGUAUGCACCGUCACCCCAGCCAUCUAUUCAGUGAGUACCAUCUUCAUGUCACCAGCAUAUACCUUGGAAACAUGCAGGAUCCAGCUUGCUGUUAAUGUCCAAAUUCCUGUAGAAUAUGGCGGUGUCGGUGGUAAAGCUAUUUAUAUAGGUACAGCCUUUUUUUUUCUCAUUUCCCGUGAAUUACACUACUUAUCUCCUUCUCCAGUGUUCAUUGUUUCAUCGUUCCUUGUGACAGACACAGAAGGCAGUUUUAUGGUAGAACGUGCUCAUCAAAUUGCUGAAGCUUGCAUUAGGAAUACCCUUGACAGAAGUAUUCUUCAUAGGAAGGAUUUGCAUGGCAUUGAAGCAAAGAUGCAGCCUAACAAUUUCCUGUCGAACAUCUUAUAUUUCCGUGUUUGCAGCUGCACUGAGCAAAUCGCUGUGAUAAACUACUUGGACAAAUUCCUGGAAGAGCACGAAAAUGUAAAGCGAUUAUUUAUUUUUCAGCGAAACUUUCACAUAUCUCGCUUUUAACUGGUCCUACGAGAUUUUUUUUUCAGUCAUACUAUCGAUGCCCCCUAAUCUCAUGAUAGUAAGCUAAGGGAAACGUGGGCCCAAAUAGUGGUUUUGCCUGAAAUGCCAUGACCCAUUUCUUGUCUCCUUGGUACACAGGCGCACGCACACAGCUCAGAUAUCUACUGAUAAUCGAAUCAACAGAGGUUGAGUGAUUCUGUCCGCUUCUUGGUGCUGACUCUAAUGACUUGUUAUUAUAAAGGCUAUUGAAUCUAGAUGUUAUUCUAGGACCCUUGUGCACCGAGUCCCCAGCCAUCUCGUUUUACACUUAUUUCUGUCCAUUACUGAGAUUUCUACCUCAGCAGCUUUGGAGCUCCCCAAGAACCCUACCUCAAGACGUAGGGUAAAAAUAUUCAAACCCAUGAAACAAAUUCGUACUGAAGAAGUAAAACAUGCCAAAAGAAUUCCAUUUCUGUUCUCUUUUCUUUGGCAAGAACCUAUUUCUGCUCGCCUUUGCCUUCACACUCUUCUGCAUUCUUCUUUUCUCGUGCAAAUCUAUGCCAACUGGAGGCCCACUUAUUUCUUCAGCCUGAUCUUGAUUUUGCAUCUUGUUUCGCUGUGUUUAGAUAGCUUUAUUUCUCACCAAGACAGCCCAUACGGAUCUUCCUUUAUUUGAAUUUCAAUCAGUAUGGAAGAUAUCUAAUCAGAUUGGCCGGCCUGAGUCAUGAGUUUUUUUGGAGAGAAGUUUUGUGGAAUGUAUCCAAUCUGACUUAGGGCUGACGUGGGCUGUUACUUAAUAUUCUUGUUAUUACUUCUGUCUGUAUUCUUCUGUAGGUGAAGAUCGUCGUCGUGGACAGUAUAACGUUUCAUUUUCGGCAAGAUUUUGAGGAUUUUGCCCACCGAACAAGGUUGCUCAGUGGAAUAUCUCUGAAGCUGAUGAGACUUGCCAAAAGGUUCGGUCUGGCAGUAAGUUCACUUCUUUGCUUCAUGUGAGGAAUAUUAACGAGAAAAUAUUAUUUUUAUAAGCCCUGACUGUUAUUAAAUCGGUGUAAACGCUGGUAAAAUUCUGGUUUAAGAAGGCUUCGAUUGCUCAUUUUGCCCAGUUCUAAAACUGGAAUAUCGAUCGAAUUGUCCUGGUUUAACUGGGCUUUGAUUUAUCCCAUUUAAAGCUUUUAACUGGGGUCCGUUUGUGAUAUUUCUGCAACAUAUUCAGCAUUUCUCUCUUGCUUAAAAUCAUGUUUUUCUCUCCUUCAAACUGUAAAGAUGAUCUACGAAGAACUAUUUAUUUAUCUUGGCUGUUUUCACUCAUUAGAGUCGAUGCGUGCACCCUGUUCUUACCACAGUCCGCUUUGAUCCACGCUAUUGUUUGACUUGAACAGGUCGUGCUGCUAAAUCAAGUGACUACCAAAUUCAUCGACGGAUCCUUCCAGUUGACCCUCGCCCUGGGUAACAUAUCAAUCCGUUGACCUUCUAUUAUAACAGUCGACUUUCUCUCUCUCGAUUUAUCCAUCUAUAUAUGUAUACAUCUCUCUGUGUGUGUGUGCGAGUGAUUGUUUAUUCUGGUGGACAGGAGACAGCUGGUCGCAUGCGUGCACGAACCGAGUCGUUCUGUACUGGAACGGGAACGAACGGCGCGCGCAUGUCGACAAAUCUCCCUCUCUUCCCCCCGCGUCGGCUGCCUUCUGCGUGGCCAGCGAAGGUAUCCGAGACGCCCUUCCCCACUAUAAGAGACCCAGAAUGGCGUGA